GUUUGACAGAAAAGGACAAUCUGAAGAUCGAAAUGCGCAUGCGUCAACAACAACAAGAUGUCGGAUGAUGAGUUCAUGGUUGAUGAUGACGAGGAGUAUGAUUUGGAGUAUUCUGAAGAAAGCAACUCUGAGCCUGAUGUAGAUUUAGAAAACCAGUAUUACAACUCCAAGGCUCUGAAAGAAGAUGACCCAAGAGCUGCUUUGGAAAGCUUCCAGAAGGUGCUGGAGCUGGAAGGGAAGGAAAAGGGGGAAUGGGGCUUCAAGGCUCUCAAACAAAUGAUCAAGAUCAACUUCAAGCUGGGCAAUUUUGAUGAGAUGAUGAAGCGAUACAAACAGCUACUAACGUAUAUAAAAUCUGCAGUCACACGGAACUAUUCAGAAAAAUCAAUCAACUCUAUCCUAGAUUACAUCUCCACUUCAAAACAACGACAGAAAAGGGAAGUCACCCCCGAUUUUACAAUGUCAUGUGCUCGUGGAGGGGGAGUCCAAACAGUAAUUCCACCCCUUCCUCCAUCCACCCACGCCGUCAAAACGAUGGAACUGUUGCAAGACUUCUAUGAAACAACUCUGGAGGCCUUGAAGGAAGCAAAGAAUGAAAGACUUUGGUUUAAGACAAACACAAAGCUGGGAAAGCUGUACUUUGAUCGGGGAGACUACACACGCCUGCAGAGGAUAUUGAAACAACUACACCAAUCCUGUCUGACAGACGACGGUGAAGACGAUUUAAAGAAAGGGACACAGCUUCUGGAAAUCUAUGCACUGGAAAUACAAAUGUACACAGAACAGAAAAACAACAAAAAGCUUAAGGCCUUGUAUGAACAGUCACUCCAUAUAAAAUCUGCUAUCCCUCAUCCUUUGAUUAUGGGGGUUAUACGAGAAUGUGGAGGUAAGAUGCACUUGCGGGAAGGAGAGUAUGAAAAAGCACACACUGACUUUUUUGAAGCUUUCAAAAACUAUGACGAAUCUGGUAGUCAGAGACGAACCACUUGUCUGAAGUAUCUUGUUUUAGCCAACAUGCUGAUGAAAUCAGGCAUCAACCCAUUUGACUCCCAGGAAACUAAGCCAUACAAAAAUGAUCCUGAAAUUCUUGCAAUGACUAAUUUAGUCAGUGCAUACCAGAACAAUGACAUCAAUGAAUUUGAAAAAAUCUUAAAAAUGAAUCGGCAAAACAUUAUGGAAGACCCUUUCAUUCGAGAACAUAUUGAAGACUUGUUAAGGAAUAUCCGAACACAGGUGCUCAUCAAGCUUAUCAAACCCUACACCCGUAUCCACAUCCCUUUCAUAUCAAGGGAGCUCAAUAUUGACCCCACAGAUGUGGAAAAUCUUCUUGUAUCCUGUAUUCUUGACAACACAAUCCAGGGAAGGAUUGAUCAAGUAAACCAAGUGUUAGAGCUGGACAGAGAGGCAAGUGGCACCGCCAGGUAUGGAGCCCUGGAAAAGUGGGCACAGCAACUAGCCCAGCUUCACACUGCUGUCAUCAACAAAAUGGCCUAAUCCUGCAAUCCCUACCUUACUGCCAAAGAAGAUAGGUUUCUAUUGGAUGUAAAGCAUCUCUGAAAAUCUUGAAAAACUAAUGUGCAAGAUGUCUAGUUCUCAAGAGAACAAAGAGCAUUUUCAUAGUUUUGAUAUGUUUCAAAUCUGUUAAGGCACACUGUACCAUAGCUGAUGAUCUUGUUUUCAACUUUUACCAGCAAAACACCUGAGGACAUUUCAAGCUUAGGUUUUCGCUUGGUUAUAUGUUCUCUUGAUGGUAAAAAUAAGAUGGAAACAAGAGGAUUAACAUAGGUCAGAAAUCAAAACCCAUGUUUUGUGCAUCUGUGUGUAAGCUAAAUUCUUAAACAGCAGAUUACACAGAUAUUGAGAUAUUUUUGGAUUGUAUCUUAGCAGGCGGAAAAUUUUCAAAGUUUACAUGGAAAUAUUAUGCCUAUUACUUAUAAUCUUCAAACCAGUAACAUAAAAAGUUAAAGGAAGCUUUUCAAAAAGUUCAGAUUAACGGCUAAGCCAGGUGUAAAUGGAAACGUCUUAUGUCUUGAUGUGGAAAAAACAUCAGGAUCUAUUUAUAGACAAGAAAUGGACAUCCAAAAACCAAAUAUCAAGCAGUGUUAAGAACUUGAAACUACACUGUUAGGCACCGUUCAUUCCCACAAGGUGUAGGUGUAUGCUGAUUGGAAGUUUGUGUGACUUUUAGCUGUGCAAUUGAAGCUGGUGAAACUUUCAGAAUGCUAAACGUAUAUGACAGUACAUAAAGCCUGCAGACAGUCCAGGGGUCACUAAUACAAGUUUCAAUGCAGUGCCAGAACUAUACACCCAACUCAACAGUUAUAAAGUAAAAAGCAAAGUUACUAUCUUCUAGACAGCUACACUGUCCUUUGAAUGUGUGAAGUUUUACUUCAUUGGUAAUAACUGUACUCUCUGAAUGGGAAGACAUGAAUGCAAGUGAAACAAAUUGAGGAAAAGUAUAGAUUUAAAAAGUAUUCAGUUUCAGGUUCCAAAUCAGUACAAACUCAUUACCUUCAAACUCCUGUUAUGUGAUAUGGAGCCUAUCAGGAUGAUAGCAAAUGCCUUUUUGUUGUUUGUUUUAAUGCCUCAAAAAAUGUAAAUGCUGCAGCUUUUCUAACUAAAUUGUGCAAACCGACAUUUUUCGCGUCACCUCCUUACAGGGAUAUGGCGAUGAUUUAACAAAACUUGAGAGCUUUGGUCUUGAUUUGACAGGAUUUCCGAUUCCUGUUUUCUACAGAAAAACAGCAGGUUUCUUGGGGUGUGGUUUGAAUUGCGUCUUUGUCCAGGAAACAGGUUUAGUUUUGAUUUUAAACCUCCGAAGAAUGCUGAACGCUUGAUUGUUUUUCAGUUUUCAUACAUCUACACGUGUGUGUGUGUUUGUGCAUGUGCACACUUUUGUCAUACAAGACUUAGGUGCAUGCCAUUCUAAGAAUGCUAGAAUGAGUGAGGUGAAUGAGUAAGAAUGGGGUACAGAAGAAAGACAUUUCCUUGCUGAUGA